AUGCAAAGAUUGAUCCUAUUUAAAAUAAAUAAUGGUUCAAUUGAAGAAUUAUCAGAUUUAAAAGUUAGAAAGAUAUAUGAUCUAAAUGUAUUUGGUGUUUUAAAUUUAUUAAAAAAUUCAAAAUUAAUUGAUGAAUAUUCAACUCAAUCAUUCAUCGAAAUGUUUAAUAAAUAUUCACCACAUUCCAAAAGUGAUCCUGAAAAAGUUGCUGAACUCUUAAUUAAAUUACCAACAAUUACCAAAUAA